AUUGAAAUUUCAACGAAAUAAAGUGAACAUGCUGCCAUAAAUAAUAAAGACUUCACCGUACAAAAUAGACUCAAUAGUACAUGCAUACUUUUUCUUUCCUCUCUAUCAUCUUCUUGUAGAUUUUUUCAUUCCAUAUCCAAAAAUGAACAAGUUUUGAAGACAAAAUUAGCAAUUUAGUACUUUCUGUGUGCUGGUUUUGUCUUUGAUGAUGCUAUCUAAGAUCUUCUUUGCUUUCUCAAUCAUUGCAUUCAUCUGUUUCAAUUCCUUGGAUUAUGCAGAAUCUAAACUUCCUCAGCAAGAGAUUGAUGCUCUUGAAGAAAUCACUAGGACAAUGGGUGCAACCUAUUGGAAAUUUGAUGGUGAUUCAUGUGAAAUUAAAAUGAUUGGUUUAACAAAAAAUCCACCUGAUGGAUCUGAAAGCAAUAUUGACUGUGAUUGCUAUUCUGCAAAUGACACCUUUUGUCACGUAGUAAGGAUUAUAUUCAAGGGGCUAAACCUUCCCGGCACACUUCCGCCUCAAUUGGUUAAGCUUCCGUAUCUCAAAGUAAUUGAUUUUGCUUUGAACUACCUAAAUGGUACAAUUCCGAAGGAAUGGGCUUCAAUUGAGCUAACUUCAAUUUCACUACUUGUUAAUCGUUUAUCAGGGGAGAUUCCUAGGGAGUUGGGAAAUAUUACCACUCUAACAUACCUGAACCUUGAAGCAAACCAAUUUGUCGGUCUUGUUCCCUCUGAACUUGGAAGUCUCUCUAACCUGCAGACUUUGAUUCUAUCAUCCAAUAAAUUGUCUGGAAACUUACCAGUGACAUUUGCUAAGUUACAUAACUUGACAGAUUUUAGGAUAAAUGAUAAUAGUUUCAAUGGAAAAAUACCUAGCUUCAUACCGAAUUGGAAACAGCUUCAAAGACUAGAAAUGCAUGCAAGUGGACUGGAGGGACCUAUCCCGUCAACGAUAUCUCUUUUGACUAAUUUAUCUCAACUGAGGAUUAGUGACAUAAAUGGUCCAAGUCAGGAUUUUCCUAUUUUAAGCAACAUGUCAGGAAUGAUAAGAUUGAUUUUGAGGAAUUGCAAUAUUACUGGAAAGAUUCCUAGCUAUUUCUGGACAAUGAAGAGUUUGGAAAUGUUGGAUCUAAGUUUCAAUAAUUUGUUUGGGGAAAUACCGGCGAUGGUACAUGUGGGACAUCUGAGAUUUCUAUUCCUAACUGGCAACAAGCUAAGUGGUAAUGUACCUGACUCAAUCUUGAUGGAUGGAAGCAAUGUUGAUCUUUCUUACAACAACUUUACAUGGCAAGGACCUGGGAAACCUACAUGUGGAUUUUAUCUGAAUUUAAACCUAAACUUGUUCCGGAGCUCGUCAGGGACCAAUGCAUUACAAGGGGUUCUUCCAUGUUCAGAAACUUUAACCUGUCCUAGAUAUUCGAGUUGUUUGCAUGUUAAUUGUGGUGGAAACAAUAUACAGGUGAGGGAAAAUGGUAAAAAUAUGCUCUAUAUUGGAGAUGGAGAUGUGACGGGGGGUGCUGCUAAAUAUUAUACUGAUUCUGAAAAUCAUUGGGGUUUUAGUAGCACCGGGGACUUCAUGGAUGACGGUGAUUUUCAAAAUACACGUUACUCCAGGUCUUUGUUAUCAUCAAGUAUGCCAGAAAUAUAUACAACAGCUCGUACUGCUCCCAUUUCGCUUACUUAUUUUCACUAUUGCUUGGAAAAUGGGAAAUAUACCGUUCAUCUCCACUUUGCCGAAAUACAAUUUACAAAUGAUAAGACAUAUAGAAGUCUUGGGAAGCGCUUAUUUGAUAUCUAUGUUCAGGGAACAUUAGUUUGGAAGGAUUUUAAUAUUGAAGAUGAAUCACACCUUGCUCAAAAACCGCGGAUAUUAUCAACAAAUAAUGUCAAUGUAACAGAUGGUAUUUUAGAGAUUCGAUUCUACUGGGCUGGCAAGGGGACUACAAGGAUUCCUGUUUCUGGAGUUUAUGGUCCCCUUAUAUCAGCUUUCUCGAUUGUUUCGGAUUCUAAACCUUGUUCAGACCAAAAGAAUAAAAGCCGUAAAUUAGUCAUUGGAGUAGGAUUUGGAGUUACAGCAGUGUGCCUAGUCCUUAUUGUGGUAGGCAUUUUUUGGAGGAAAGGCUACAUCAAAGGAAUAAGUAGUAGAAGAGAAAAAAUUUUUAAAGGGCAAGAUUUUCAAAUGAGGACAUUUACGUUAAAACAAAUUAAAGCCGCCACAGAUGGAUUCAGUCCUGCUAAUAAGGUCGGGGAAGGCGGUUUUGGUCCUGUCUACAAGGGCCAAUUAUCUGAUGGUACAUGGGUAGCAGUCAAACAGCUCUCCUCGAAGUCUCGGCAGGGAAACCGCGAAUUUUUAAACGAGAUAGGCAUGAUAUCGUGUUUUCAACAUCCUAAUCUUGUUAAACUUCAUGGGUGUUGCAUUGAAGGGGAUCAAUUAAUAUUGGUGUAUGAGUACAUGGAAAAUAAUAGCCUGGCCCGUGCUUUAUUCAGUUCAGAAAAUCAGCUUAAACUCGAUUGGCCAUCAAGGCUUAGGAUCUGCAUUGGCAUAGCAAAAGGUCUAGCAUUUCUUCACGAAGAAUCAAGACUCAAGGUCGUUCAUCGAGAUAUCAAAGCUACUAAUGUGUUACUGGAUGGGAAUUUGAACCCUAAAAUAUCUGAUUUUGGGUUGGCUAGGCUUGAUGAAGAGGAGAAGACCCAUAUAAUCACUCGAGUUGCAGGCACAAUAGGAUAUAUGGCACCGGAAUAUGCUUUAUGGGGUUACUUGAGUUACAAGGCUGAUGUUUACAGUUUUGGAGUUGUGGUCUUGGAAACUGUUAGUGGAAAGAGUAAUAACAAUUACAUGCCAAGUGAUAAUUGUGUUUGCCUUCUAGAUAAGGCAUUAUUUCUGGAACGGACUAAAAAUGUUAUGUCACUGGUUGAUGAGAGGUUGGGAUCAGAGAUAAACACAACUGAAACAAAAAAUCUAGUGAAAGUGGCUCUCUUGUGUACAAAUCCGUCGCCGUCACUUAGGCCUGCAAUGUCUGAGGUUGUAAACAUGCUUGAAGGAAGAAUCAGCAUUCCAGAUGUUAUCCCCGAAGGUAAUGCUUUCAGCGAAGAUUUAAGGUUUAAAGCCAUGAGGGACAUUCAUCAAAACAAGGAAGGUCACAGUGCAAGCAGCACAAGCCGAACGGACGGUUCAACAGGAUUGCUUACAUAUAGCACUCCCUCAAUACUUGGCAAUGAUACUCAUGAGAUAUCCUCCGAACCAUAAUACAGCAUAGUGAGUCUAAUUAUUUUAGGAAUCCUAACCAUUAAAUGAUCAAUGUUUUGGCAGGUUGCAGAUUUAGCUUCAUUUUUAACACUUAUGAGCUUACAACUAGACUCUAGUGUAAAUUUCUAAUUAUAUUUUGUAAAUGUGCUCAGUCUAGACACAACCAUUAUACAAAAAUACAAUUUCAACAUAUUUGAAUGGUCAAUACAACUGUACAGGGGUACCUUUUUUUUUGUCUUGUAGGUAUUUGAGAGGAGCUUAAGGACUCUGUUUGACUGUAUAGUUUUGUAAAAACAAUGUACAAUGGGUCUCUCUCUUGUACUUUAGGGUAAUUGCAUAUAUAAAUUUUGGGUAGAACAUAUCCUAUUUAUCUUUGCAAUUUGAAUAAACACACUGCUUGCUUUAA